AUGGAGAACUCUACCAUGAAGGCUAUCAAACGAGUCUUUAGAGGACUGGUGGUGAAACCUAUCCCUGUGAAAGGAGAUGCAUGUGAAAAGAACAAGAUAUCUCAAGAACCUCAAGCUGAAGGACAAAGCACUGCUUGUUCACCUAUGCAGAAAGGAAGGCAUAGUCCUUCUCCUGGUAGCUCCUCUUCAUCGUCCUCUAGGACUGUUAAAUCUGAAUCACCAGGUGUUAGAAGAAAAAGGGUAUCUGCAGUACAUCAUCAGAAUGGACAAAUAACACUGCCUCGAAGAGCCCCAUCUCCAGAUGGCUUCUCUCCAUACAACCCUGAAGAAACAAAUCAUCGUGUCAAUAAAGUUAUGCAAGCUAGGCUGUACCUGCUGCAGUAGAUAGGACCCUACUCUUUCUUAAUUGGAGGAGACAGCCCUGAUAAUAAAUACAGAGUGUUUAUUGGGCCUCAGACUUGUAGCUGUGGCUGUGGAACAUUUUAUAUUCAUCUGCUAUUUGUUAUGCUGCGUGUAUUCCAGCUUGAACCCUCAGACCCAGUGCUAUGGAGAAAGACACUGAAGAACUUUGAGGUUGAGAGUUUGUUCCAGAAAUAUCACAGUAGGCGUAGCUCGAGGAUCAAAGCUCCAUCUUGUAACACCAUCCAGAAGUUGCACCUGCUCCUGCGUGGGCUCCUCUCCAUGGGCUACAGGUCUGGCCCGGAGCCUUCUCAGGCAGAGGCUCUCCAUGGGCCGCAGCAUCCUUCAGGUCAGAACUACCUGCUCCUCCAUAUGCUGCAUAGUAUAAAGGAUGAAGAACAGAUGUGCUCCAUUUGUUCGUUAGGCAUGCUGGAUGAAGAGAGCCUGCCUGUGUGUGAAGAUGGCUGCAGGAACAAAUUACACCACUGCAUGUCAAUAUGGGCAGAAGAAUGUAGAAGAAACAGAGAGCCACUUAUAUGUCCUCUUUGUAGAUCUAAACAGAGAUCUCAUGAUUUCUAUAGUCAUGAAUUGCCAACCCCUGUGGUUUCUUCUGUUCUCCAUGUGGUUCAGCAACAAACUCAACAGCAAUCUACAGUUGGAUCACAGAGGAGAACCCAAGAUAGAAAUUUUAACCUUACUCACUAUGGGGUCCAGCAGAUCCCUUCUGCCUAUAAAGGUUUCGCUGAGCCAUGGAUUCAGGUAUUUGGAAUGGAGUUAGUUGGCUGCUUGUUUUCUCAAAACUGGAAUAUACGAGAGAUGGCACUUAGACGUCUUUCCCAUGAUGUUAGUGGUGCUCUAUUACUGGCUAAUGGAGAAAGCACUGGAAAUUCUGGAAGUAGCAAUGGAAACAACACAAGUGUUGGAGCUCUGGGAGCAGCUAGUGGGUCAUCUCAGAACACUACCUCAGAAGAUGUUGUGGUUAAAUCCUGCUGCAGUGUGCUGUCCAUGGUCUGUUCUGACCCUGUCUACAAAGUGUAUGUUGCUGCUUUAGCAAGUAGCUGUUUACUCAUGUGGGAUGAACAAAAUUCUCAGGAAGAAAUUCCCUCACCUUCUUCUCAAACACAGCGGAAACUUUCUUUCCAGUUUCAGAGAAGGUGUUCUGAAAAUAAAGAACCAGAGGAACUUUCUCCAGUUUUUAUCCAAGCCAGGCCACUGCCAUCCAGUCACAUACACAGGCCAAAGCCAUCACAACCCACUCCAAGCAAUAUGAACAAGCAGGGAGAAACCUCAAAAAACAGUAUGACACUUAUGACACUUCACCUGGAUGAUAUCUCAAAGUUUGAUGGCAGUAGUAGUAAUAGCAGUGUAGUUAUACCAAGGGAGGUGUUCACACCAGUAGAUGAGAAAUGUUGGUUGGAUAUUAAUACAGAGCUCAACUCCAGUAUUGAAGACCUACUCGAGGCCUCCAUGCCAACAAGUGAUGGCACAGUUACAUUCAAGUCUGAAGUUGCAGUUCUUUCUCCUGAGCAGGAAGAAAAUUAUGACACUUAUAAAGAUGAUGUAAAUCAUAAUCAAAAAUGCAAGGAAGAGAUGGAAGCUGAAGAGGAGGAAGCUUUAGCUAUUGCUCUGGCAAUGUCAGUGUCUCAAGAUGCACUGCCAAUAAUUCCCCAACUACAGGUUGAAAAUGGUGAAGAAAUCAUAAUUAUUCAGCAGGAUACACCAGAAACCCUGCCUGGACAUAACAAAGCAAAACACCAUUACAGAGAAGAUUCAGAAUGGCUUAAAGGUCAGCAAAUUAGUCUUGGAGCUUUCUCUUCCUGUUACCAAGCACAGGAUGUAGGAACAGGGACAUUAAUGGCUGUAAAACAGGUGACGUAUGUCAGGAACACAUCAUCUGAGCAAGAAGAGGUAGCCAAAGCACUGAGGGAGGAGAUAUGGAUGAUGAGUCAUCUGAACCAUCCUAAUAUUAUUCGCAUGUUGGGUGCUACAUGUGAGAAGAGCAACUAUAACCUCUUUAUUGAAUGGAUGGCUGGGGGUUCAGUUGCUCAUUUAUCAAGUAAAUAUGGAGCCUUCAAAGAAUCAGUUAUUAUUAAUUACACAGAACAACUCUUAUGUGGCCUUUCUUACCUACAUGAGAAUCAGAUAAUCCAUAGAAAUGUUAAAAUUAAGAAUUAUUUAGAGUACCUUUUAAAAAGUAAUAUUUGGAAGGCAACAUCUAUUUUGGCUUGA